AUGCCGACAGAAUCAUUUGAGCGCAAAACUAUUAAUCUUCCGUCAUCGAGCGAGCAGGCGGCAAACAGGCCAUUUUGGCUGGUUGACGAUCGCGCCAAGACUGCUCUUCGAGAGUUGCAAGAGGGCGAAUUACUGCAGCUGGUGGUUAAUUAUUCGGAAGAAGAGAUUCAAUUUGUCAACUCCUACGAGCAAGUUGCGCCCGACUCCGUCAGCGAAUACUUUGCCGCUCCGUCGCCGCACACCUUUUUCUUCUAUCGCUACCCAGGAUCUGGUGCCGUCAUUUUGGUGUGGACUCGCCACCAUUGGGCGACUUCUACUAAACGGACCAAUGCCCAGAGGAGUUUGCGGAGGGACCUGGCUUUAAUUGCUGAAAGGGAGGGCAUCAAGGCCGUGCAGAUGGUAACUACCUUCUAUUUUGUCUCUACCUUGGAUGCUUCACAGCUUCAAGUUUCUUCGCAAAAGGGAAUCACUGGUGAUUGCUUGCGGGAGGCAAUUAGUUCGUCGAUCACCCAAAGAACUACCAAUCUCGAGUGA